AUGGCGGAGAUGGUGUGUUCUUCCCCGGGUACAGUGCUGUCAGAAGCCGCUCAUGGAGAGUUGUUGAACCAGUGCGAAGAACAGUUUGCUCAGCUGGAAAAGCUCCAAAAUGAGAUUAUAUUGAGUGAACCAAAUUGUGCUGAGAAUUCUCCGUCUGUAAAUAGGCUGAUGGCAACGGAAGCUGAGCUCAAGCAGUGGGCCACAAUGAAGCCAAAUCUUCUUUCUGAUAACUCUGAGAUUCUUCUUCAGACUGGAAAAGAAGAGAUGCUGAAGCUUUGUUCACAACUUCAGAUGAUUGUUCUUUGUUAUGAAGCAAAGAGGGACAAAUUAAAAGAAACAAAGGAGCUAGAGGAGAAGUGGCUUGAGGAGAAGAAACAAAUGUUGGAAGCUGCUAGUGACCGUGUUGAGCGACUUAAAAUGCAAAAAGUGACAUUAUCUAUGCACACUACCCUCAAAGAAAACAUUCAGAAGAUGAAGUUGUAUCAGGAAAGGUUAAUGGACUCUCUGGGACACAUUCUGGAGAAACACGUUCCUCCUCCUCAGCUCGAGAACAAGAAAAAGAAGAAUCCCACACAGGAAGUGGAGUUAAUUUCACUCAAUGAAAUACUUGAGCUUCUCAUGAACAAAGUGCUGACGACACCACAUGACCCAUAUGUGGACAUAGAUGCAACAUUCUGGCCUCCGUACAUCGAGAUGCUCCUUCGUUACGGCAUCGCUCUAAGACAUCAGGAAAAUAACUUCAAGAUUCGUCUUGAGCCUUUUUGCUGA